CUAGCGAGCGAGGUGACGUCAACGCUGUCCGUGGAGUUGCGGCGGUGGCGGCGGUGGCGGCUGCUGAGUCCGUGGAGAGGCCGAUCCCGGAGUCGGGUCCGCAGAGGGUCCGGAGCGGGGUCGACCGGAGGCUGGGAACUCUCCGAGGUCCGGUCCCCAAGCCGCUGGCGCUGGGCCCUCCCCGGGACAGCCGCGGAGGCCGCAGGCGGACAGCCCGGCCACCAUGUCCACCUUCCGGCAGGAAGAUGUGGAAGACCACUACGAGAUGGGGGAGGAGCUGGGCAGCGGCCAGUUCGCCAUUGUGCGGAAGUGCCGGCAGAAGGGCACGGGCAAGGAAUACGCGGCCAAGUUCAUCAAGAAGCGGCGCCUGUCAUCCAGCCGGCGCGGGGUGAGCCGGGAGGAGAUCGAGCGGGAGGUGGACAUCCUGCGGGAGAUCCGGCACCCCAACAUCAUCACGCUGCACGACGUGUUCGAGAACAAGACGGACGUGGUGCUCAUCCUGGAGCUGGUGUCCGGCGGCGAGCUCUUCGACUUCCUGGCCGAGAAGGAGUCGCUGACCGAGGACGAGGCCACGCAGUUCCUCAAGCAGAUCCUGGACGGCGUCCACUAUCUGCACUCGAAGCGCAUCGCCCACUUUGACCUCAAACCGGAGAAUAUCAUGCUUCUGGACAAGAACGUCGCCAGUCCCCGGAUCAAGCUCAUUGACUUCGGCAUCGCCCACAAGAUCGAAGCCGGGAACGAGUUCAAGAACAUCUUCGGCACCCCGGAGUUUGUGGCUCCUGAGAUUGUCAACUACGAGCCCCUGGGCCUGGAGGCUGACAUGUGGAGCAUCGGCGUUAUCACCUACAUCCUCUUGAGCGGCGCGUCCCCGUUCCUGGGGGACACCAAGCAGGAGACGCUGACCAACAUCUCGGCCGUCAACUACGACUUCGAUGAGGAGUAUUUCAGCAGCACCAGCGAGCUGGCCAAGGACUUCAUCCGCCGGCUCCUGGUCAAGGACCCCAAGAGGAGAAUGACCAUUGCCGAGAGCCUGGAGCACUCCUGGAUCAAGGCCAUCCGGCGGCGGAACGUGCGGCGGGAGGACAGCGGCAAGAAGCCAGAGCGGCGGCGCCUGAAGACCGCGCGCCUCAAGGAGUACACCAUCAAGUCGCACUCCAGCAUGCCCCCCAACCACACCUACAUCAACUUCGAGCGCUUCUCCAAGGUGCUGGAGGAGGUGGCGGCGGCCGAGGAGGGCCUGCGCGGCCUGGAGCACAGCCGGCGCCUGUGCCACGAGGACGUGGAGGCACUCACGGCCAUCUACGAGGAGAAGGAGGCCUGGUACCGCGAGGAGCAGGAGGGCCUGGGCCAGGACCUGCGGCGGCUGCGCCAGGAGCUGCACAAGACCGAGACGCUGCGGCGCCAGGCCCAGGAGGAGGCCAAGGGCGCGCUGCUGGGCGCCAACGGGCUCAAGCGCCGCUUCAGCCGCCUGGAGAACCGCUACGAGGCCCUGGCGCAGCAGCUGGCCUCCGAGAUGCGCUUCGUGCAGGACCUGGUGCGCACCAUGGAGCAGGAGAAGCUGCAGGGCGGCCAGUGCGGGCUGCGCUAGGGCGCGCGCGCAGGGCCCGGGGCGCGCGCCGACUCCCCUCCCCACCUGCUCACCUUGCCCUCACCCGCCUCCUGCUUAGGGCUCUGGAUCCGGCUUUGCCACCCCCCGAGCUUCACCCUUUGCGUGUAGGGUUGGCCAUUUUGGGGGGAGGUGGGUUGGGGGUGUUCCCCGGGGAUUAUCGCCCUGGGUCUGGGAGGAGCCGAGGGCUAGUUCCUUCUACAUGGGACUGGCCAUGAGCGGCACGGACUGGCACUGGCGGGGUGGGGCUAGGAGCGGUGGGGCCGUCUGGGGCCUCGGCGGGACACUGGAGCCCCCCUCAAAUUGGGUAGUGGCUGCUGACCUUCCCCAGGGUUCCCCAUCUCCGCCCCUCCAGCCGAGAGGGUCAGCCUGGGCUGAGCUGACAGUAGCUCAGGAGGAGUUGGGGGUCUGGGGGAGUAGGUGGGCUGUUUCAGGGCAGACUCUUGACCUGCUGGAGCCCUCAGUGCCCCCGGCGCUCCAGGAGGCUGGAGCACACCAGCCCGCACCCCAAGGCUCAUCUCCGCCUCCUAGGCACCCAGCCCCUGACCCUUCCGCCCCGCCGACCUCCCUUUCCCAGCGCCACCCCGUGAGCCCUCGGGGUGGACCUGUGCAGUCAGAAGCCCAUUGGACUUAGUCUGCUGGCUAGGCGCCCUCCAAAGCCUGUGGACACGGCGGGGAUUCUCAUGCAGUACCGCUUUGCGCCACAAGGUGGCGCCCUCGAGCCUAUCCCUGGGAAGGAGGCGCUGAGGUCCUGGGGCGUCUGAGCCCCACGUCCCCCCACCCGACUGGGGGUUUGGGGAGCAAUUCUUGAGGCCUGGGAUCGCUCGGGGCUGCAGAGGGCCCCCCUCCUGUCUGGAGACCCCCCCAGUCGCUAAGCGCAUUUUUGCAAACUUGCACCUGCCGCAGCUGAAGGAAAUAAACACGGUUGUGCUUGUC